GGAAUUCUCCAGCGAUACGCACGGAUACAUAUUUUGCAUGAUACGCGGCUUCUGAACCUGCAUAUGUGCCUUGUCAUCACAUAUGUAGGUAGGUACAUGGAGCAUAUGCUCUGAAUUACAAGAUCCACUCACUAGAAGGUGGGUAGCACGGCAAUAAGGCGAACGAACUAGAGGAUAUCCCGCACUUAGCCUCGUACCUAAUUGUGAUUGCUGGAUAAUAGGUACGCUUUGGAUAGGGCACCAAGGGUCUCCAAAUAAACACAAAGAGUGAUGUUACAUUCGAUGAUCUGCAGUAUGUAAGCUGAUGGCCGGCCAUAGGACAGAUGCUAGAUUAAACCUCGUCUCUUGGCUUAAAAGUUACUUGCGCCUAUACCCUGAACGGCUAGCCCUCUGGCAGGUCAACUCUCCACAUCUCCUCACCGUUAAGAUAUAAAUACCUUAAACUUCUAAUACUUGCCUUACAUAUACACUCUUCGUAUGGUGUCUAGAUCUUGUUGAUACAUAUUGAUAGAAUAUCAUCGAAAACCUGAGCUACGAAGCUAUCAUGGCAUCACUGGCUUCUACUUUUGUGGCCGACGUCUUCCUCUCUACCCUCUUGAUCUUAGUAGCGGUGUCAGCAAUCUACUUGCUAGGCAUCCUAGUGUAUAAUAUAUACUUCCAUCCGUUGUCUGCCUACCCUGGGCCGCUGCUAGCACGAUGUUCACGCAUAUGGUAUAUCAAUUCCCUGCUUCGUGGGCGGCUGCCUUUCGACGUCCACACGUUGCACCUGUGUUACGGGGAAACUGUGAGGAUCGCCCCUGAUGAGCUUUCUUGCAUCAACCCCGGGGCAUGGAAAGACAUAUACGGUCAUCGAGUUGGCAAAGGCGAGGUCCCAAAAGACCCGAUGUUCUACACUUCAGCCGGGGUAGACAGUGUUUUUUACGCUCCUGGUGAGCGUCAUGGUCGAUUGAGACGGCUCCUGUCACACGGGUUCUCCGAAAAAGCGAUGAGAGAGCAGGAAGCCACCAUUCAGCAAUACAUUUCCAUCUUCAUUCAACGUCUGCGUGAGCUGUGCCAGCAAGGGGAUGAGCCCGUUGACAUGGUUAAGUGGUAUAAUUUCUUCACCUUUGAUGUAAUCGGGGAUCUCGCGUUUGGAGAUUCAUUUGGCUGCCUCGCAACCUCCACUUACCACCCGUGGGUAUCGUUCAUCUUCAACAUCAACAAAGUUAGUUCGUUUUUCCGAGCAGCCCAGUAUUACAAACCAUUAGCGAGCCUAUUGUCGCUGUUGAUACCGAAGCGUUUCAGCGAAAUCCGUAAGAAUCAUUGGCAGAUGACUCGGCAAAGGGCGUUGCGUCGAUGGGAAAUGCAUACUAAGAGAACGGAUCUUGUGACACGAAUGACUGAUCCAGACAGUGGUAUAACAAUACACGAGUUCAUUGCUAACUCGUCGACGUUGGCUAUUGCUGGAAGUGAUACGACAGCGACGGUUCUCUCCGGUACAACUUACUAUCUCGCCAAGAAUCCGGACAAGUUGCAAAAGCUUGUGCGAGAAAUUCGGUCAGCCUUUUCCUGCGAUGAGGAGAUAAACAUGGGAUCAGUCAAUCAGCUGCCAUAUCUACUUGCAUGCCUCGAUGAAGGGAUGCGCAUUUACCCUCCGGUGGCGGGUAAUCUACCGCGUCGGACGAAGGUCCCUGAGGAACUUGACUGUGGCUUUGUCCCUGCAAAUACGACAAUCUCGGUCUUCAACUACGCAAUGUGUCACUCGCCCCAACACUUCGCCCGACCUGACGACUUUAUACCUGAACGUUGGCUGGAUGACCAUGAUCUCGAGCCAAACAAUAAAUCAGUCGUGCAGCCGUUUUCUGUUGGGAUGCGUAAUUGCCUUGGUCGAAAUCUCGCUUAUUUCGAGAUGCGACUGCUGUUAGCUCGCCUUCUUUUUCAUUUCGACCUGGAAUGGAUCCCCGAGUGCGAGGACUGGGAAAAGCAACGAGCAUUCAAUUUAUGGAUAAGAAAAGCCUUGCAAGUGAGGUUGAAAUUGGCGCGCCCGUCGGAUAAGGUAUAAAGGAAACGCUUA